AUGGAAUUAGAGAGCUUGAGCUCAGGAAAUGCAUCAUGCUCAAAAAAGCGGGUACGGAAGUCCUUACUGUCUCCAUUUGGUCUCGAUACCAAAAACAAUCGAGUUGUUUCCGUUGAGUUUUCCGUCUCCUUGAUUUUCCGAGAAGAAGAUUCAAUUGGUGUCUCUUUCCAACUCCCAAAAGCUUUUCAAGCCAACAAACGUGCCAACCAAACAUUCAUGAAAAAUUUAAAAUCUCGUUCUUCCUCGUCGUUCAUCACACUACGAACGUUGUUGAACAACAGCUCUCAAGGAACAACCCUCUUCGGAAAUUCCUUUCUAUUACCCACCUACUUGAAUCAUCUCAAUUUGAAUUGCUCAAGAGAAUAUUCUCUUGGAAUUGCAGAGUCAUCAUCACCACCAAUCGUAGAAAGUAGCACACGGCGACACUUCAAGUACCAAAACGUUCUCGGAAAGAGGUUUUUUCAACAAAAACAAACUCAUACAUUGAUUCAGCUUGAUAGUCAUAUCAAACGAUUUGCUAGGAGGUCUUUAAAGAUGCAACCACAACACCAACAACAACAAGACGAAAAUCACUCAUGUUGCGACCAUCAACACCAUGGUCAUUCCAUGAAUCCAAAUAUUACCAUCUGCCCAGGAUCCAUUGAUUUCAGUACUCUCUCGAUUGAUCAUCAACCACAAACCACACCUGGAAACUCAUUCAAGGGAGAAGAGCCUUCUGAACACAAUCUUUCACGAUCCAUUGAAGGCUUAUUACACAAAUUUCAACUCAACAAAGGAAUCAACGCUCCAGGUCGAUUAAGCAGAAGUAGAAGUACCGAAGAGUUUUUAACUUCCUAUGACAAGUUGUUGCAGGGAAAUAAGAAUUUCGUUCUUGAAAAGACUUCAAAGGAUCCUGAAUUCUUUUCUCGUUUGAAGGAAGUUCAACGACCUGAUUACAUGUUGAUUGGUUGUUCUGAUAGUCGAGUGCCACCGGAUCAAUUGACACAAACUCAACCAGGUCAAAUUUUCAUUCACAGAAAUGUGGCCAACAUGGUUGUGAACACUGAUUUGAAUGUCAUGUCUGUAUUGCAAUAUGCUGUUGAAGUCUUGAAGGUGAAACAUGUGAUUGUGAUGGGUCACACAAGAUGUGGAGGAGUAAUGGCUGCUCUCACCAAUAAGCAAUUCGGAUUGAUUGACAAUUGGUUGAGAAAUAUUAAGGAUGUCUAUCGUUUACAUAAGGCAGAGAUUGAUGCCAUUCAAGAUCAGGACCAAAAGAUUAAUAGAAUGAUUGAAUUGAAUGUCAUUGAGCAAACUUUGAACCUUUGUAAGACAAGUAUUGUACAGACUGCAUGGGCAAAGGGAAAUACCUUGCAUGUUCAUGGAUGGGUAUGUGAUAUUGAGACAGGUCUCAUUAAGGAUUUGGAAAUUGAGGAGACUAGAUGGAAAGAAAUUGAAGAUAUUUACAAGAUUGAUUUUGGUCUUUAA